CGCGGGCCUCGCGUGAUGGCUGCGGACCCCGAGGCGGCCGGGCGGCGGGAGCGGGAGUGGGGCGGGGCGCGUCUCUUCACGUGGGAGGAGGUGGCGCGGAGCGCGGGGCGCGGGGAGCGCUGGCUGGUGAUCGAGCGCAAGGUGUACGAUGUCGGCGACUUCGCCCGGCGCCACCCCGGCGGCUCGCGGGUCCUCAGGCACUACGCGGGCCAGGACGCCACGGACCCCUUCCUGGCGUUCCACAUCAACAAGGGCCUGGUGCGGAAGUACAUGAACUCCCUCCUGAUAGGGGAGCUGUCCCCGGAGCAGCCCAGCGUUGAGCCCAGCAAGAAUAUGGAGCUGACCUAUGAGUUCCGGGAGCUUCGGGCUGCGGUGGGGCGGAUGGGGCUCAUGAGGACCAACCACCUGUUCUUCCUGCUGCACCUGCUGCACAUCCUGCUGCUCGACGGGGCCGCCUGGCUCACCCUUCACAUCCUGGGGACAUCCUUGCUGCCCUUCCUCCUCUGCGCCGUGCUCCUCAGCGUGGUCCAGGCUCAGGCCGGCUGGCUGCAGCACGACUUCGGGCACCUGUCGGUCUUCGGCACCUCCACGAUGAACCACCUGCUGCACCACUUUGUGAUUGGCCACCUGAAGGGGGCACCUGCCAGUUGGUGGAACCACAUGCACUUCCAGCACCACGCCAAGCCCAACUGCUUCCGCAAAGACCCAGACAUCAACAUGCACCCCCUCUUCUUCGCCUUGGGGAAGGUCCUCUCGGUGGAGCUUGGGAAGCAGAAGAAAAAGUACAUGCCGUACAACCACCAGCACAGAUACUUCUUCCUGAUCGGGCCGCCGGCCUUGCUGCCACUCUACUUCCAGUGGUACAUCUUCUACUUUGUCAUCCAGCGGAAGAAGUGGGUGGACCUGGCCUGGAUGCUCACCUUCUACCUGCGCCUCUUCCUCACCUACGUGCCGCUGCUGGGGCUCAGGGGCUUCCUGGGCCUGUUCUUCAUUGUCAGGUUCCUAGAGAGCAACUGGUUCGUGUGGGUGACACAGAUGAACCACAUCCCCAUGCACAUCGACCACGACCGCAACGUGGACUGGGUCUCCACUCAGCUCCAGGCCACCUGCAACGUGGAGCAGUCCUUCUUCAACGACUGGUUCAGCGGGCACCUCAACUUCCAGAUCGAGCACCACCUCUUCCCCACGAUGCCCCGACACAACUAUCACAAGGCAGCGCCACUGGUGCGGUCCCUGUGCGCCAAGCACGGCAUCGAGUACCAGUCCAAGCCCCUGCUCUCCGCCUUCGCCGACAUCGUGCACUCGCUGAAGGAGUCGGGGCAGCUGUGGCUGGACGCCUACCUUCACCAGUAGCUGCCGCCGCUCCCCUGCCCCAUCCGGACGAGGAAGGGACGACUCGGCCAAAGUGGGGAGCUCGAGGGAUGUGCCACUGUGACUCGGUGUCCGGCAGGGGCGCGUUGGGGGCCACAGGCGGGAGUGGGAGUCUGUGUUGCUUCCUUUCUGCUUCAGCAAAUGCAGGUGGAUGAUGAGUAGAGGGGACCACGGAGGGUCGGAGAGGGGGACCCCUGGCCCUUGUGCCCCUCCGGCAGACCCCAGGGCUGUGGCGGCUGAUAGCUCAGGACGGAAGCAGUUGCCUCCCACCUGGGCGCUCAGCUCCACAGGGCCACCUGCCUGCCUGCCGCUUUCCAGAGUGCACAGCGGGGCACAGGCCUGGACUGUCCUCUUGGAGACCUGGCCACAUGAUGCUGGCACUUCUGGUGUCAGCCUCGUGAUACGCCAAUCAGGUGGGAGCCCGGGUCGGGGUGUCACUGGCACUGGAACCCCAUCUUCUCUCUGACCACCGCAGGAGCGCAGGACUCACUUCCUGCUCCACUGGCCAGUGAGCAGACAGGGCGACUGGGUCUGUCUCCCUCCCUGCAAAGAAACGGGGCUCCCAGCGGCUCCCCUCUGCUUCCCACCUUGUGACUCCAAGUUGUAAGCGGUGACCGGAGCGUGUGAGGUGUCAGCACCAGGAUACAGACACAGGAAGUGACGCCAUGGCGUCAUCCCUGGGGAGCAGAGUCCAUAAGCCGCGCGUAGUCUGAUCCGAAGCAGGAGGGAACAAGUGCAGGUGUUUGUGGCCGUCACUGCGUCGCCUGUUGGCUCUUGUUCCAGUGUCUGAUUCUUGUGGAAACCAGAUGGAAAUUUAGAGUAACUUCUUAAAAACAUACUAACACUGAAAGUCAGUUUUUAAAUCUGAUUUGCAAAAGAGGAAAAAAAAAACCAGUUGAACUCAUCAUUCCAGAAAGGGGCCCGAAUACACCCAAGGGGUCUCCCUGAACCCUGAAGGUGGCCAUCCUGCAUUCGCCCCUUCCUGCCUGGCUGCAGCCUUCUGGUCCAGCCUGGAAGGCAGAAGCAGGGCCCAAGUUGGCUGGGGCUGGUGGCCAGCGGAAGCAGGGUGGUAGGUGAGGCUGUGCCCAGGCUGUGUGACCCUGAUCUUUGUCUAAACCUGGAGAGGCCCUGGCGUGCUCAGGCUUCCCAUGAUGCCCCAGCUGGAGACCCUGCUCGAGGAUGGCUGAGGGGAGCGCUGCCUGGCGCCUGCUCCUCCAGGUGCUGCGCUGACCCCUUCCUGUCCCUGCCGGCCAGCGUGCACAUGGCAUCCCCGGCCUAGGGCGCCAGCUGGCCCUGGCCCCGGGCCACCGGUCUGCACUAACACCAGUGGGGGCCAAGGCCUUGUGACCUUAGCCCUAAAGCAUGGUCCCAUGUGGCCAGGAGGGAGCAGCCACAGUCACCCUGUAAAGCGAGGGACUCAGGAGAUGCUCAGUCGGAAGCUGCCUGCCGGCACAGGGAUCGAGGCGGAGCCCUGCAGCUGUUCUCCAGCUCUGGCUGCCAUGUUUCUCCUUUCUUCUCCACCUCCAGGCCUGGGCGUCUCCUCUGACGGGCCCAGGUCAGGCUCCGUCAUGUGCGCCAACCUUGUUACCACAUCCUGAUGGUGUAAAGCUCAAAAGUAAAGUUGUGACCAAGUGA